AUAAGGGCGCAAUGCUCUUCGUGUUUGACAGAAUCGAUAUUUAUACACGAAACUCAAUAAAAUGAGGACAAAACAUCAGUUUAAAGUUCGUCAGCUCAUCAUCAUGUGAUAGCAUGGCUUUCUCAUUGAUGAAUUAAUUACGGUGAUAAGGUCGUUAUCACCUGUCCGUUAUCCUUCUCCCAUUGGUCUCUAAUUGAUACAGAACAAUUAUGACUCUGUACUUUGACAUUCGCGUGCAGAACCCAGAGACAGCAUCCAUAAACACGAUAGCAACUUGGCAUAACAAUUACCCAUUGCUGGCAGUUGCUGCUUACUCUCAGGACCGAGGUGGUUUUGUAAAUAUCUACGAUGAUCAAGGUGAGCCUAUUCCUGAUGGAGAAUCCUCGGGGCACUCUGUAGCCCAAGUGACAGCAGUCUCGUGGCACCCGGAGAAGCGAUGGCUUGUGGCUGGCUGGGAGAGUGGAGAAAUUCGAAUUUGGCUAGGAGACACUGCCACUGGCCAAUUCAAUCUCACAGUGACUCCCCACAAGGAUCCAAUAAGUCUGUUGGAGUGGAGUCAACAUGGAGGGAGACUGGUGUCAGCUGAUACCAGGGGAUCUAUCGUCGGCUGGAAGAUUGACACCAGAGGACAACUUUUCAUCGUUUUCCACCACGAGCUCAACGAGAAAUUUACCCAGAUAACAUUCAAAAUAUCACCACCAAAGGCUGGAGUAGAUCUGAGUGAUUUAGCAAGGGCUGCUGUAGCUGGAGAUGAGAGGGCACUCGAUCUCUUCAGCACGUGGAGACCCAGAACUGCAGCUCCAAGUGCCGUUAAUGUUCAAAAGGAUAAUCUGACAUUUUACAUUGGGUCGUCGAGUGGAACGAUUUACUAUGUUGACAGCCAGGGCCAAUGCAUGGAGGUGCUCAAUACUGGGGGAUUGACUCUCCACUGCCUUCUUCAUCAUCCCACCAGGGAUUCGGUUGUAAUUAUGACCGAGGGAUUGACCAUCGGCCAUUUUCAGAGUGAAUCCACAACUGGGAGACUCACAGAGCUGUCCAGGGUGAAGUUGAGUGGCAAGAGUGACUUCUCCAGGACUGGACCAGCCUUCUGCUGGGUUGGAGCCAACAGUCUAGCUAUUCUUACGGGUGAGCUCAGUGUCAGAUGCUGGGAUCUGUUUACUGGAGAUACUUAUGUCCUUGCACCAGCUGACUCAACCACUGGCAAUCUGGCAACACCUCAAGAGAUUUACACAAGUUUAUCAUUCUGCAUGAGCAACGAGACUCUCGCUGCUGGGACCAAUCUUGGGGCCAUCCACCUCUGGAGGAAGAAGAAUGCCUCCAUCACCGACGAGUACGGCUGGCCAACAGUUCCUAAAUCCUGCUCAGUCCAUGGAACAGUUAAACAACUCACUUGGGGUGGAAAUCUCCUGAGAAAUCCUCUGCUGGCUGUCAACUGUAUCACCAACGUCUUCAUCCUUCACCAGCAGCCCAUGUGUGCUGUCUACAAUGAAGGAACAAGCGCUAGUCAAAUAGCUCCCAUGCAGAUACUCGUAGAAACCGAGAACAAGAAUUUUAUUCUCAAAACUGAUCUCCAGGUCCAGGUGCUCGCCGUAAACAGGGACUUCGUGGCAGUCUCCUCGUGUCGACAGGUGGCCGUUUACAGGAUAAAUCGAGACGCCAAAUUGAACUCAACUGUGGUGGGCUCCUUCAGUUGUGAUAACGAGAAAAUUCUCAUUUAUGAGAAUACACUUGUUAUUCUAACACCCACCGUCAUCCAGCUGAGAUCCAUUGACGGUUCUCUCAUCCAGAGUUUACCCACACUCCCCGAGGAGGGUGAGCCCAUCACAAUGGAGCUCACAGACCAAUACUUGACCGUCGCCUCACUCAAUGGAAUCCUCAAGAUCUGGGACAUUGGAAAAAGAGAGGCAAAGCUGCACACCAGAGCAAUGACCACGUACGAGGUCAUAAAUGACUUCGCUGAGAUAAUCGAGGCUCGUUGCAACUCCGAUUGUCGAUGUGUAUCCAUCACUGUAGCCAUGUCCAACCUUCUCCCCAGCUCAAUUCUCUACAUCUGGGACAUCGAAGGGGACCAAAUCCACGAGUUCGAUUUUGCUAAAUUGAAUGAGGCCCCUGACACCGAGGGAGCGACUGUGAAAUCCAAGGGGAGGCUGCCAACGGCUCACUGCUGGGAUACGAGUGACCCUAGGGUAUUGAUCUGCCGAGCGCAGAAAAUAGAAUCCAAGGAGACUAAAAACUCGAGCAAACCGAAUUUCUCGAGUAAUGAUGAUACGUCAGUUAUUCUGGUCUCGAUGUUUGCAACACCAGACCAUGGUAUAGCAGUUCAGGAUAUCCGUCCAGUGAAGGACGCAAGCACUCGUCUACUGGGGGUUCAAUCACCAGAUAUAAUUCUCCUGAGCCCAGAGAUGGCUGCAGGCGAGGGGAGUAAAGUUACGAGAUUAUUAAUGAGAGAGUUUGAAGAGUUGGGGGAAUACGAUGAGGCAACAAAAAGAGCAAUAAUGGAUUUUAGUUUUCAUAUUAGUAUGUCAAAUAUGGAUGAGGCCUUCAAGUCGAUAAAAUCGAUAAAGAAUGAAGCGGUCUGGAAGAGUCUGGCGAAGAUGUGCGUCAAGACGAAGCAAUUGGACAUGGCUGUACUCUGUCUGGGGCACAUGAAGCACGUUAGGGGAGCCAGGGCCAUCAGGGAGGCCAUUAACGACAGCAGUUUAAAACUUGAAGCCAAGGUGGGCAUUUUGGCAGUGGAGUUGGGGCUCUACGCUGACGCUGAGAAAUUAUUUCGAGAGGCCAAUCGUCUCGACUUCCUCGGCAGUCUCCUAGAGGCCUCCAACAAAUACCCUGAGGCCAUCCUCCUCGCGACCAACGAAAAUAAGAUUCGAGAAAAAUUGAGCUAUUAUAAUUACGGGAGAGCCCUGGAGCAGGAGGGGAACAUGGAUAAGGCCAUUGAGAUGUAUUCCAAUGCUGAUUGUCAUCGAUUUGAAGUCCCCAGGAUGCUUCUUAAUCGACCCAGGGAGCUCCAGGGAUUUUUGGCCAACUCUGACGAUCCGGUGAUAAAAAAUUGGCAUGCUCAGUACGUCGAGUCAACAGGUGACAUGGAGGCUGCACUGCGUCUGUAUGAAACCGCUAAAGAUACAUUAGCGGUAACGCGACUACUCUGUUAUCUUGGUCGUGAGGAGGAAGCCUGUGAGUUGGUGAUGAAGACAAAUAAUGCUGCCUCAGCUUAUCAUCUAGCAGCGCAUUAUGAGUCUCUGAAUGUUCUAUCACAGGCCGUUCAUUUCUACACGACUGCCAGAGCGUAUACGAAUGCAAUUCGUAUUUGCAAGGAGCACCAUAUGACCGAGGAACUGUGGCCCCUGGCAAUGUUGGCGCCCCGACAGACUCAGAUCGAAGUGGCCAAAUAUUUCGAGGAGAAUGACCAACCAGAUAAAGCCAUAUUACUCUAUCACAAAGCACACCUACUUCCAAAAGCCCUUGAUUUGGCUUUCAAUACUCAACAAUACAGUGCCCUUCAAUCAAUCACACUGGACAUUAACGCAGAAUCGGAUCCAGGUCUCGUUAAAAAAUGCGCUGGCUUUUUUUGUCAAAAUCAUCAGGUCGACAAAGCCGUCGAUCUCUUAGCGACUGGUAAAAAAUAUACGGAGGCCUUGGAUUUAAUGGAGGAGCACAACAUCAAUUUGACAGAGGAGCUGGCGGAAAAAAUGACGAUAAUGAAAGUUGAAAAUGAUCCGGAGCGCGAGGCCCUGAGAAUAUCAAUUCUGGAGAGAAUUGGCGAGAUAGCCUUCGACCAGGGUAACUAUCAUCUGGCGACAAAGAAGUUUACACAGGCUGGCAACAAGUUGCGAGCUAUGAAGGCUCUUCUGAAAUCCGGUGACACUGAGAAAAUAUGUUUCUUCGCUCAAGUGUCACGUCACAGGGACAUAUACAUAAUGGCUGGGAAUUACCUGCAGUCACUGGACUGGCAGAAUCAGCCUGAGAUUCUCAAGAACAUAAUAAACUUUUACUCGAAAGGAAAGGCAAUGGAUCUACUGGCUAAUUUCUACGUGGCAUGUGCCCAAGUGGAGAUCGAUGAGUUUCAGAAUUAUGAGAAAGCUCUGGAUGCCCUGAAUCAAGCAGCCAGGUGUCUGGCUAAGGUGACAUCUCCCAGAGACCCCGAGAUCCACAAACGUGCUGUUGAUAUUGUCAAUACUCGGAUGAGCACUAUAAAACGUUAUUUGGAGCUGAAAAAGUGCUUCGACAGAGGUGAAACCGAGUCUGGUAUGAAUCAGGUACGACAACUUCUGGAUACAUUUGGCGAGGGUCUCGAGCAGUCUGUUAGACGUGGAGAUUUAUUUGCUACGAUAACACAGCACUACGCAGACAGUGGUAAUACUGAGAAAGCUCGUGCCGCCAUUGAGGAGUUGAAGCGACUGGAACCAGGAAUUAAUUUGAGUUAUUACUACAAUGUCAACUUGCUCGAGGCACUUGGGUACAGAAUGAGUGUUCCACGGAGAGAAAGUUUGGAUAAAGAUGAUGGGAUUGAGGAACUUUUGGGAGAGUAAUUUUGCACACCAGCGAGCACUAGAGUACUCCAUCACUUUAUACCGAUUCCGUCCACUUUUGUGAUUGUUUUUAUGUUAUCAUUAAGAUUAUUAUUCUUCGAGGACUAAUUAGGAUAAAGCUAGAAGUGUUACCACGUCACUGAAAUGAACCACAAAUAUAUGAAAAAUGACAAUCAACUUUUUUAUUAUUACAACUUGAUUUUCUUACUCAUUAUCUUAUUCUAAAUACACUCCAGUCAUGCUUCUUCAUGGCUCAUUUUUAUGCAUAAAAAUUUCCAUGUUGCCCCUUGAAUAUAUUUCAUAUCCUUUUCAAAUGUCAAGUUUAAAAGGUCAUCCUUGUGAGAAUAACAACAGGAAAGUUAUGUCUAUUUUUUCUACGACGUUAUAGUUCAAGUGAAAUUUCAGUAAAAAAAAAUUGGUUAAUGCCAUGUAUUGAGAGGGACAAACAAAUUACAAGUUUACUUUGAGGAUAUUCGAGGGAGAUAUGAAAAAUUUCGUGCAUAUAAACCAACUGGAUUGUCCCUGGAAAUAAAGGGAUUCAAAAAAUACACAGAACACUGCUAAAAACAGUUGUUCCUCAACGAAGUACAUUUUCCCAUCAGAAUAAUAGUACGAAAUCUGAAUAAAUAAACUAAAGUACUACCGCUAUCAUUCAGCAAACGAAUAAUUAUCAUAUGGUUAAAACAAUAAACAUGAGGAAAGUUGAAA